UUGAAGACAUAUAUAAAUAGCAGUAAAUAACAAAUAAAUUGAGAAGCUGUUUUGCCGUGGUGGAUAUAUGUUGUUAAGAACACUUGAACAAAUUACUAAUGUUUGUAUAAUUCACGAUGACAAGACUAAGGUCAUUAGAUUAUAUGGGUUGGAAGAUAAAUGCAGUAAAGCAGUAGAACAUAUUAAGCAAUACAUCAAAGAUACAGAAAAUGAGGUAGUUGAAACUGUUUCACUAUCAAGUGAAACUAAGAAAAAUGCUCUUUUAAAAGCAGUUAUAAAGAAAUAUGGAACAAAUCUUGAUCAUUUUAUAGAAGUUUGUAAUUUACGUUCUGCUGUACUUGAUAUUAGAGGAUGUCAAUUAUUUCUGCAUGGAGGUCGGGACAGCAUAGAAGAGGCAAUCAAUUGUAUCAAAGAUUUAUCUAAUGAACCUGACAUUGAUAUUGGUGAUGCUUUGUCUACUCAAGAAAUAUGCCCUGUAUGUGCAUGUGUUGCAAUAAACACAUAUCGUCUGGAAUAUUGUCAUCAUCUUUAUUGUCGUGAAUGCAUACAGGGAUGGAUAGAACAAGCACCAUUUCCCAUUCAUUGCUGUGCUGAGGGCUGUCAUAAAGAUAUACUUCUAUAUGAUAUAAAAAAUAUUUUGGGAGCUGAAGUGAAGGUAAAAGGAUUACUUGAAAAAUCUGUGAAAGAUUAUUUGGAUAAAAACCAUUCAAACAUAAGCAACUGCCCUGCACCAGAUUGCCCAAUGUUUUUUUACAAAGACAUGGUAGCUUCGGGAAAACACACUUGUCCUUUGUGCCGUAAUGAAAUCUGCCUUAAUUGUAAUGUCAUUUAUCAUCACGGUUAUACAUGUGAGAUGUACACCCAGUCCAAACUUGAUCCUGAUUAUUCGUUUAAGGUUUGGCAAAAGACUACAACGCAAUGUAAAAGGUGUCCUAAUUGCCAAGCUGCUGUAGAAAAAUCAUCAGGAUGUAAUCAUAUGACCUGCAAAUGUGGUGCUCACUUUUGUUGGAUAUGUGUUCGUCUGUUUCGAUCUGGGAAUGAAGUUUAUGAUCAUAUACAUACAGCUCAUAGAGGAAAUUUAUUUACAUAAAGAAGACUUUUAUAUAGAACAGUUAUUAACACUAGCCAGAGCUUUUAUAAUGUGUUAGAAAACUGAAAUGAACCAUGUUUUUUGUGUGUUAACAAAUUGUAGUAUUAAGCAGUGUUUCAGAUGACCUUUUCUUAUUCCUGUUAGUAAAUGUUUUAGAUGAUUUUAAUGCAAUUUACAUCAGUACUUUUUUACAUUAUAUUUUUUAUUUAUCUAUUAGUGGCUAUCUAAACAGUUUGGGUAAUUGAACGUUUAUUAUUAUUAUUACUGCAUUGUAAAAAAUAUUAAUAUUUAGACAUUUGGAGGUUGUUUUUUCUACCUUUAUCAUGAACAAUUUUCAGAAGGCUAUUUUAAUUUGCAUGGGUAUUUUCUGCUACAGCAUAUUUUAUAAAACUGUGAAGACCUUCAAAUUAUAUUCAUGAAAGUUAUUGUAGGAAAAAAGUAUUUUUAAACUUUAUAAAGUAUUUUAUUAUUGUUUAAUAUAUAAACAAAUAUUUAUCCAUGUUUGUGAUGAUUUUUUAGUCUUUACUGAAGUUUUUUUUUUUUUUUUUUUUACAGCAUGUGCAAGUAUUAAAUUUGUGUUGUGCACACAUUGCCAAAGAAUUUUUUUAAUAGUGAUUCUAGGGGGGAAAAAGUAUUUUUAAACUUUCUGUUCCAACUAGAAUUUCUUAAAGGGAUAAAACUACUGUGAAUUAAAUGACUCAACACUUCAGAACGAAGAUAUCACACUUUCUAAAGUAUUGUAUAAUUUAAAAUAAGUAUUUAAAAGUUGAUAUUAUGUUUUUUUAGUCUUUAGUGAAGGCUUCUUUUUUAAAGCUUGUAGUACAAGUAUUAAAUUUUUGUAAUCCACA